AGCUAUCGAAAGGAGCUACUCCUGCACGUCCCGACAACAUUUUGGACGAUUACUGGGGAUUGAUUCAACAAUGCUGGUCUUGGGACCCUGUGCGUCGUCCAGAGGCAACGGAAGUGCUUCGAUACAUCGAUCAGUUUACCCAACAUCAGGCUGAAAUCAUGGCAACAAGUGCAAGCCAGUCUUCCUCGCGAGAUUCACCAAGCCAAGCCAAGCCAUCCACUCCUCCAACACGCCAUAUCUUCACUUCGGUCUCAACGCUGUCACUUUCGGAACCUUUCAAUAUUUUGAUCUUUGGGGAGACUGGAGUAGGCAAAAGUUCCAUUAUCAAUCUGAUCAUGGGACGAGAUGCUGUACAGACAUCGUCAAAUCAAGAAACCCCCACGCUCACACAUACCCCCUAUGAAGUCAGCAUUGGAACCUACCGUUUCAAACUUUGGGAAGUUUCGUCCAUCGAAUCAACGGGUUUUUUCCGGACCUUAUUUUUAAAAUGGCGCCUGAAAAAGUCAUACAAGAAACUGUGCGAAGACAAUGGGGUAUAUCUUCUCUUGUAUUGUAUGAAGGGAUCAAUGGCCGAGAAGGCACUGGUCAAGGAUUAUAAAUCCUUUACUGAUAUCGUCGGCUCGACUGCUGGUUCAGGCCGCAUACCAGUCGCCGCUGUGGUUACCUUCAUGGAAGGUUAUCCUCAGAACAUGGAUCAAUGGUGGACAAGUAAUAAGGAUAAUCUGGAACGCCUCGGGAUGCGGUUCUCCGCACACGCUUGUAUCACUUCCCUCCCUGACAAUCCACAUGCAUCACCCGCCAUGCGUGGACGUCGACAGCGGUCAGAAGAUGUUAUCCGCAGCCUCCUCUAUCAGUCCUAUCAAAUGGGCAGUACCCCCGUCAUCUCCAAUAUAGUGUCCGCUUCUUGAAACAAUUGUGGUUCUUGGAUUUAUGUUAGCGUCUGUAUGGUUGGGUCACUACGCAUGCUACUUUAUGAUACUUCAAGGAUACUCCGGCUUGUAUACUUACUGCUCCAGCAUAGAAAUCACGAACGGUUGUUUGUACUAUCUAAUUACCAACUCUACAUCCUGGUACCAUCACAGCGCGUGCAUCUUUUCCUUUUGUUUGCACUACAUAAAUUACUACAGCC